GAGGAAGGCUGUGCUUCUCUGGUCUCAGCUCUGAGGUCAAACCCCUCACACCUGAGAGAGCUGGAUCUGAGUAACAAUGACCUGAAGGAUUCAGGAGUGAAGCUUCUCUCUGCUGGACUGGGGAAUCCCCACUGUAAACUGGAGACUCUGAGGCUGUCACGCUGUCUAGUCACAGAGGAAGGCUGUGCGUUUCUGGUCUCAGCUCUGAGGUCCUUCCCCUGUCACCUGAGAGAGCUGGAUCUGAGCUACAAUCACCCAGGAGACUCAGGAGUCAGACUGCUCUCUGCUGGACUGGGGGAUCCACACUGCAGACUGGAGAAACUCAAUGUGGAACAUGGUGGAGAGUACACAAUGAAACCUGGGCAUAGAAAAUAUGCCUGUGAUCUCACACUGGACCUAAACACAGCACACAGACACCUCUCUCUGUCUGAGGAGAACAGAAAGGUGAUAUGUAGGAGAGUGGAGCAGCCGUAUCCUGAUCAUCCAGAGAGAUUUGAGGUCUGGUAUCAGGUGCUGUGUAGAGAGGGUCUGACUGGGCGCUGUUACUGGGAGGUAGAGUGGAGUGGGAAUGGGGCUGAUAUAGGAGUGACAUAUAAAGGAAUCAGCAGGAGAGGAGGGGGUAAUGACUGUGGGAUUGGAUACAAUGAGAAUUCCUGGGGUCUGUUCUGUUCUGACAACAGUUACAGAGCCUUUCACAAUAAUAAGUUCACUACCAUAGACGUCCCCUCCUCCAGCUCCCACAGAGUAGGAGUGUAUCUGGACUGGCCAGCCGGCACUCUGUCCUUCUACAGAGUCUCCUUUGACGCACUGACCCACCUGUACACAUUCUACACCACAUUCACUGAGCCCCUCUAUCCAGGGUUUUAUGUUUGGUUUGACUCCUCAGUGUCCCUGUGUCAGGUGGUCCCUGUGUCAAACACAACAUGAUGUUUCACACUAAUCAUGUGUUUUAUGUUUGAUCAGAAUAUGACAUUUAAAUACAUGGAGUAACACACACACACCAGUUUGGGCCAGUUUAUUCCUGUAAAUAAUAACCAUGGUAACUCUGUGUCUGUCUCUUUCCGUGAUCCUGCGCCCUGUGAGAACGGUUCAGAUGCACCACACACACACUGGACACACACACACACACACACAUACACACACACACACACACUGGACACACA